GGGACCGCCGCCGUUGCUGCUGUUUCUGGGAGCCACGCUGGUUUUCACCGCCGGGGCCGCUCCGGCUCGCGAAGCAGGCAGCACUGUCGACGCCCAGAAGAUGAUGAACGUCCUGGCAUGGGAGCCGCGCGCCAACGACACGCGGGAGGGGGCCAGCCCGCCAGCAACUAGGGAAGAUGAGACUGCGUGGACAGCGCCCGCCGACAGGCAGGAGCAGGUCGUGGCGGGCCCCGGGGUCGGGCCAGAAGAGGCACUGGAGGCGUCAGCCGCCGUGACAGGUGCCGCCUGGCUGGAGACUGACAACCCCAACCAGGGUGGAGUGACCGCCGAGGUGGGCAGUGGAGACACCCAGGCCCUCCCAGCGACACUCCCUGCUCCCGACCAGGCCCUCGGGCAGUCGUCAAUACCCCCAGCUACCCCCGAGGCUAGCGAACCACCCUCCCUCACCCCUGUCAACAAGCCAAGUCCAGACCCUGAACUCCCUAAGGAGAAACCCUUGGAGGUCUGGCUGAACCUGGGAGGCAGCACACCCGGCCCUCAUGGGCCAGAGCCCACGUACCCUUUUCAGGGCACGCUGGAACCCCAACCAGCCUCAGAUAUAAUUGACAUCGACUACUUCGAAGGAUUGGAUGGGGAAGGCCGUGGUGUCGACCUGGGAAGCUUCCCGGGGUCACUAGGAACCUCGGAGCACCACCCUGAUACCGACCCCGGGGGAGAGACCCCUUCAUGGAGCCUGCUUGACUUAUACGAUGACUUCACCCCCUUUGAUGAAUCUGAUUUCUACCCCACCACCUCAUUCUAUGACGACUUGGAUGAAGAGGAGGAGGAAGAGGAGGAUGACAAGGAUGCAGUGGGAGGUGGAGACCUGGAAGAUGAAAAUGAUCUCUUGAUGCCCACCAAGAAGCCCGGUCUAGGGCCAGGGCCAGGCCAGCCCACUAGCCGGUGGCAUGCUAUUCCCCCACAGCAUACUCUGGGGAUAGUCCCUGGCAGCAGCAUUGUCCUCAGGCCCCGCCCAGGAGAGCCAGGCAGGGACCUGGCCACAGGUGAAAAUGGUACUGAGUGCCGCAGUGGAUUUGUUCGACAUAAUGGCUCCUGCCGGUCAGUGUGUGACCUCUUCCCCAGUUACUGUCACAAUGGUGGCCAGUGCUACCUGGUGGAGAACAUAGGGGCCUUCUGCAGGUGCAACACACAGGACUACAUCUGGCACAAGGGGAUGCGCUGUGAGUCCAUCAUCACUGACUUCCAGGUGAUGUGCGUAGCUGUUGGCUCAGCUGCACUUGUGCUGCUCCUGCUCUUCAUGAUGACAGUGUUCUUUGCCAAGAAACUCUAUCUGCUCAAGACGGAGAAUACCAAGCUGCGGAGGACCAACAAAUUCCGGACCCCAUCUGAGCUCCACAAUGAUAACUUCUCCCUCUCCACCAUUGCUGAGGGCUCUCACCCAAAUGUAAGGAAAUUUUGCGACAUUCCCUGUACCUCCUCCCCCCAUGCCCGUGCCUUGGCUCACUAUGAUAACAUUAUCUGUCAGGAUGAUUCAAGUGCUCCCCACAAAAUCCAGGAAGUUCUCAAGUCUUGCCUGAAAGAGGAAGAGUCCUUUAACAUCCAGAACUCCAUGUCGCCUAAACUUGAAGGUAGCAAAGGUGACCAGGCUGACUUGGACGUGAACUGUCUGCAGAAUAACUUAACCUGAACCAGAGCAAGAAGAAAGGAAACGGGAGGGUGGGGUGGGGUGGGGUGGGGUGAGAAGAAGAAAUGUUAUCUCCUCUUGUACAAAGUCUAUUUCUUGUAACCAUUUGUUAAACCCUUUUCUUUUUCUGAUCUCAUGGCAUGCUUUGAUGUAUUUUGUACAGGAGGGAAACAAACAAAAAGGAACCUGAAUGAAUUGCAUACCUUGGAUUGUUUUGUCUGUGCUAUUUGUACAUUGCUCCCGCUGCUGUGAUUUCUAAACCUAUGCCGUUAUUCAACUGACUUUUUUUUGUACUUUGACCCACCUUUUUUUGAGAUACCAGUAAAAGACAAAGUUCUUGAAAUAAAACUUUUAAAAAAGUUA